UUUUUUUUUGGUUUUACUUACUUAUUUCAAAUUAAUGGCUGCUAAUUAUUGGGCUUCAACACAAAAACACCAUUGGACACUAGAUCGAUGGACACUGGCAAAAAGUAGAGAAGAAGAUUUAAAAUACGUUUCUGAAUCAGAUUACGUAAAGCUUAGAAUCUGGUUUUAUCAUUUGAUUCAAAAGUUAGGUAAAAGACUUCAAUUAAGACAACAAGUAGUAGCUACAGCAUUUGUAUAUUUUAAACGAUUUUAUAUAAAUAAUAGUUUAAGAGAAACUGACCCAGUGCUUGUGCUAGUGACAUGUGUCUAUCUAGCGACUAAAAUUGAAGAAUGUCCUAUACAUAUUAAAAUGGUAACACAAGAAGCAAAAACAGUAUUUCAAGCUGAAUUUGGAGGAUUUCCAUAUGAUUCAUCCAGAGUAGCAGAAUUUGAGUUUUACUUACUAGAAGAAUUAGAAUUUUAUUUAAUUGUUUGGCAUCCAUAUCGAACACUGACACAAAUAUGUAAUGAACUUGGCAUGAGAGAAACUGGACUUCAAUAUGCUUGGUUUAUAGUAAAUGACUCUUAUAGAACUGAUGUUUGUCUAUUAUACCCACCUCAUUUAAUUUCUUUGGCUGCUAUUUAUUUGACAAUUGUAUUAAAUCAUGCUGAUUUUGCACCAGGUUCUACAGGAGAUCAACUUGAUAUAAAGCAAUGGUUUGCAGAUUUAAAUGUAGAUAUUAAGAGUAUAAUAGAAAUUAGUCAAGAAAUAUUAUCAAUAUAUGAAGUUUGGGCUGAUUGGAAAGAAGAGAAAAUGUUAAUGCUAUAUAAAGAAUUAAAAAAUAAAUCUAAAUAAGACAAAAUGAUUCAAGAUAGAAGAAACGGCAUCAUCAGUUUAAUUAUUUACAAUCCUAUUUAAGCCUUCUUUUAAUUGAUUCUAUUGAUUUACCACUGUGUCAACUAUAUAGAUUUUUGUAUAGAAUAAAGUCAUAUUAGCACAUGAUAUCAUUGAGCAUAUACAUAUAUAUAUAUAUAUGUGUGUGUUAAUGUGUGUAAUAUUUCGCAAUAGGCAUCCAUAAUGUCAUUUUAUAAUGAGUACUUGUGGUUCCUUUUAGAC